AUGACGAGACUACAUAUGCUUGAAUGGCAAAACUCUCGUCUUCAGAGUAAGAUGGAGUCACCCGUAGAGCGGGCAAGUUCCCGCCAAAGCCGUGACAUAGCUAUCGCCAGAAACGUUUACGACGAAAGCUUCUUCACUGCAUCAAAACGCCAUGGCUCUCCAUUGAGUAGCAAAGAAGACUCAACGAAAAAGAGUCGUUACUUGAAUGCCGUUCGUCGAAAGCUUUCUCCGAGUUCGUGUUCAUGGAGUGGAUUCAUCUCUGUGCUGACUCAGCUCAUGCCGAUUAUUCGCUGGUUACCAAAAUACAACUUCAAAGAAGAUUUGUUUCCCGACUUAAAUGGAGGUGUUACGGUCGCUGUCAUGCAUAUUCCUCAAGGUAUAGCAAUUUUGUACUGAUCAAUGGAUCGUCUACCUAGUUAUGUCUUAACAUCAUCCGACUGACAAAACAACACGUUAAGAUUUAGUUUGGCAACAGCUAGAAUUAAUUUGUACGUAAUGCGUUCGCUUUGGAGAAGAGGGCAUGAUUUGGCAGUUCACUUACUUUGUUAUAGCGAGGAAUUACUGUCAAAAUAUCAGUAAGAAGAAUAGGGAGUGGUCCGGAUUACUGCUGGGGGUUAGUCGACGGGGACUAUCAGUUACACAAAUUGUGUAGACUUAAUAAAUAGCCGUGGGUAGUUUGGGAAGAUUAUCAUGGCUUUAGCAUCUUUGAAAACUGUCACAUGUGAGGAGCUCAUUUUUGAGUAAUGGGCUCCUGCACAUGUCUUUUUCUGACGUCAUCUUUUUCUCUUCCAGGACUCGCAUUCGCCAUGCUGGCUUCUCUUCCGCCGGUCACAGGACUUUACACCGCCAUUGUCCCAGUAUUGCUUUAUAUGAUCAUGGGUACAUCACGACACUUGUCUGUAGGUAUGGAGGAAAUUCUUUCCUUUUUUUUUUUUUUUUUUUUUUAGUACCUCUGCAGCUUUGAAGGAAUGAUUCUAUCAUUAAUACACAAGUUUUUGGUUGUGUUAACCCUUUACACCCUGAUAUCAGUAUGCAUAUUCUCAAUACUGUAAGCUAUAUAUUUCCUAAAGCUCUGACAAGGAGAAUUCGUUUAACAAUCAAGAGCUUCUCUCGUUGGUGAUCAUUUCCUUUAUUUACGUGACCUUAACGUGCGAUUCUUCGGUGAGGAGAGAUUAGAUGCCAAUCUCUCUCAGGUGUUAAAGGGUUAAAUGACCGACAGACUAUAGUGAGACAAGUAAUCAGUUUAAUGAUUGGUUGUUUUUGUCACGUGAUAGGUAGUUUUGCAGUCAUUUGUUUGAUGGUGGCACAAGUUGUUGAACGCGAAGUGGGUCACAUGCCCGCAACACCCAGUCCCGCACCAGGUAAUAGCUCGAUGCCCAGUCCUUCUCCGACAAGUGGAGGCUCCGCGUUAUGGUCACCCUACGAUUCGGCCAAAUUGGAAGUCGCCAUUUCCCUCUCCUUACUCGUUGGCAUCAUCCAGGUAAAGUGAUUUACCAUUUGCUUUCUACAAAUGUGAAUAGUAGUUUAAAAAGUAUGUUUUUUUAACGGUAGGUUAUCAUGGGAGUGGCGAAGCUGGGGGUUGUGGCGACGUACUUGUCGGAUCCAUUGAUUAGCGGUUUCACCACAGGAUCAGCGGUGCUUGUUGUCAACAGCCAAUUGAAACAUAUACUUGGACUAACAGUUCCUCGGAUCACCGGAUCAUUUGCCGCAGUUAAGGUAACUAAGCCUUGAACACAUUGUUUCAACCAUCCUCUAACCAUCUGCCGAAUCCUUGGAAAAUAAAUCUCGAAGUUUGAAAAAAAUCACUAGAAUACACGAAUUGUAUCCGAUUUCCGACCAAAUGGUCACAAUAUCUACCUUAUAUUCUACCAAAAUUACUGUUAAUUCAUAUCCCUCAGAGUGGCUUACCUGUUAGGGAGCUCUUUCUUUAUCUCCUCUAGGCCUAAGAUUCUUUACAUCGUUUUUGAAUACUAUCAAAUUGUUAAACUUUUCGUAUAUAUUUUCUUUCUUCUCGUGCUCCGCUAAAUUUGAGUAUAGGAUUUUUUCCAAGAUAAAUUUUACGACCUAGAUCUAGAGAUGCCCGAACCAAUAACCGAGAAUUCGUGAUCGACCUAACCUUCUCAAUGAUUCAAACAAAUGAUGAUGAUAAUUGCUUUCAGAUCUUUAUUCAUAUGAUGAAAAACAUUCCCUCGGCGAACGUUGGAGCCGUAAUUACAGGCCUGCUCUGUCUUUUUCUAUUGAUUGGACUGAAAGAAAUAAACGUUAGAUUCAAGGACAAACUGAAAGUUCCCAUCCCUGCUGAACUUCUAGUGGUAAGAACAUUUAUUUCAUUGGGUUAAUUUGUAGGAAAGUAGCCGUGGAUAUGAAACAGUGCCUCGAAAUUUUCUAUUCUUUCUCCAAUAAGGAUUAAUUUACUGUAGGGGUGUGGCCAGGAUCUUCAAAGGGGGGAGGGGGGGUCCAUGCUAUGUCAAACAGAGGGUACUCACCAGUUUUAACCAACUGAAUACUGAGGGUCGUUUUCUUAAAAAAAAGGCUCACAAAGGAGGGGGGGUGGUUAAGGGCACCCCAGGUCCCCCCCACCCUAGCUACGUCCUUGAACUGGUAAGGCUCGAAACUUCGUAGCUAGUUACCCAGAACGAGAAAGCCCGGAACAAGAAACUUUUUUUUAUCUUUUUAAAUGCAUUCUUUAAUCUAUUAAUUUUUAUAUUCAUUUUUCAAUCAAAGGAUUCACAAACAAUCAGAGAAAUCUUUAGAAGCCCUGUUUUCUCCUGUUCAGUCAAUUUGAUCGAAAGCUUGGGAAACAAGGACAAACGGCUAGUUCUCACAUUUGUUUCCUUUUUUAUCUGAUCAGGUUGUUGUCGGAACUGCCAUCUCAUAUGGUGCGGCCAUUAAUGCGAACUUUGGUACACCGAUCAUAGGAGAAAUACCGAAGGGGUUUGUAAUAUACCUUGUGGUGUGCUAGACACAAGUAACAUAGUGUGUUGUAACGAUUUGUCUUUUAACAUCGAGCGGGAGCAGUUUCCCUUGUGUGACACACCGUAAAAUUGAACUUUCGCGGUAACAAUAUUUCGGUUGCAACUACGUAUGGCUUAAAUUCGAAGUCUGAUAUCGUUUAUAGGUACAAAAGUAUUUAUAACUAGCUUUUAGUAACUUCGUUGUCCACGAGGAGAUGUUCAUAAUUGUCUUUCAACAAACCACGUCUCUUUGUGCAUACGUUUGUCCCAAGUUUUUUUUUAUCGAACUGCAACGAAUAUUUUUCUUCAUCAGCUCCCGAGCAGGCCACGUUUUAUUUAGUUCUUCAUUCACUUGAUUCGGUUUCAGACUUCCUCCUCUGAGUGUACCAUCUUUAUCCAAGAUCUCGAACAUUUUCUCAGACGCCUUUGUCAUCGCAGUGGUGAUAUUUGCUACAAACAUCUCGCUAAGUACGAUGUUUGCUAAGAAGCGUGGUUACUCAGUCGAUCCGAACCAGGUUUGUUUAUUAAGAAUUGUACAUGAAUGAAAAAAACACAUACACACAAUAAAAACCGAAGAGGAAUUAGUGGGUGACGCAGUGGUAUUUUGGUCCGUGCAAGGUGUUGGGUUCUUGGGAAGACACUCUUCUUUCACUGUGCCACCCCACGCUCCCCCUCCCCCCCCUGCCAGGAGUCCAAAGGGGUGCUGGUAAGCUGUCAGGGUAAAUUGAAGAAGUGCGGAAGAUACCCCAUUGUGAUGGACUAGCGUCUUACCUGAGUUAACUAUUGCCUGUAGAAAAAUUGAUUUUGAACAGGGGGGAGCAGCAAUAUUCCUAAUCGCUUCAUGCUGCUGAAGCUGAGAUAAACUCGCCGGGAUGGCCCUUUCUAGCUUGUAAGCUAACAUUACCUUUGCCAACACAUCGACCGACUGGUCUUAGUAUAAAUCGGGUGAUGGAAUACUUUACCUCAGCCCUGGUAACGAGGUAGACGUUAGCAAAGAGAUUGCAACAUAGAGUAUUCAGAUAAUUUUUCUGUCGAAGCGUCCUUACACAUAAGUAUAUUUCAACUUUCAAUACGGGACAGACCUCUUUGAGAUGUGGGCGCCGACCGUAAACAAGGUAACAUCAGAUUUAGCGCGAGUUGAUCCUUAUCAGUCAGACUGAGUUGGACAUAAAGGCUCUUGUUUAACAAAUCACAGAUCCAUGUAAUCAUAUUGCUGUUUUUCUUCCCUCUUCUCAUUUCAGGAACUGAUUGCGUAUGGAGCAGGAAACAUUGGUGGAUCUUUUUUUUCGUGUUUCCCGAUCUGCAAUGCUUUAGCGCGUACAGCGGUACAGGAAAACCUUGCAAACACUCAGGUAACCAAAAAUAACCAAAUGCGGUUUUUAAAUUGUUUUUUAAUCAUUCCUUGACCUUGAAAAGCCACUGACCUAUCGUUAAGUGCAAAAACCGUCGUGUCGAUAAAUGGUGUCAUUUUUUUUUUAGCAUACUAAGUGUUUUACGGGGUGUAGAGUGAGUUCUUCUUCAUAGCAAACUGGUUUGGGGCAAUUAUGAAAAGAAGUGUUCUGCGCGCGCAAAAGGAUGCUUCACGGAUUAAUUGUUUCUUUUGUGUUAUUAUUUCACAGCUUUGCAGCGUGGUUGUGAUCAUCUUGGUCCUUCUCGUUCUACUGUUUAUUGCUCCACUUUUUUUCCAUCUUCCAAAGGUGAAUUAUACGUUUCAAAAAUUCUUGCGCUGGCAUAAGCUGUUGUUGUGUCAUUUCUUGAAUUUGCAAACGUUUUUUGUGUUAUUAUUACUUUUGAGCCCAUCGAGUUAUGUUUGCUUUAAUCCAGGCUAUCCUAGCUGCAGUUGUGAUCGCCAAUCUCGUUGGCCUGCUCAAACAAUUUAGACGGCUGCGGCAGUUAUGGGGAAUUCACAAACCUGAUGCGGUAAUUCUGUACAUUGUGUACUGUGAUUCUGUACAUUUCCUAAGGUGCUGACAAGGAGAAUUUAUUUAACAAUCAAGAGCUUCUUUAGUUGGUUAUCAUUUCCUGUGUGAUUCAGGGGUGUUAUUGUAAGGAGAAGUUAGAUGCUUGUCACUUUUAGGUUCAAAGGGUAAACGUACCUCGAUAAUUACUUUACGAGUGGGAUUAACAACUAGAUUAAUAACACAAAUAGUAAAACAAGUUCAGUAUGCGAAUUCAUUUAAGUUUUUAAAAAGAAGUUUAAAAGAUUUUAUUCCAUUUUGUUUUGAAAUCUCACAGAUUGUAUGGUUUUUCUCUUGUUUUGGUGUCAUACUGCUGGGAGUUGGUCUUGGACUUGGUGUAGGCGUGAUCUGCGCCUUAUUUAUAGUGGUUUUCUCUCUUUCCAGGUACAAAAAGACUACAUCUAAGUAGAUUUCUUUCCUUCCCUUAUUUUCACUUAUUUACUUUAUGUAGUGGUCAAUUGUAGUAUGCAACACAGCUUUAUUGACAGCUUAUUUAGUGAUAAAACGAAAGCUCGCCAUGAGCUCUUGAUUCUUGGAUAGAUAUGCUAAGGAGUCGAGAACUUUCUAUAUUCUAUUUAUAAAUCGGAAGCAGCCUGACUUAGCGUAAGAUUUUGGAAUGUUCUGGAUUAUUCUACAACAUUACUCUGCAGAGCACAAUCAACUGAUCUAACUUCAGGGCAUUGAGCUUUGAUCCAGAACCUUAAAGUCUUUCGAAGUACACUGGCAUUUUGGAAAUUUCCUGUGUUAAUCGAUUCUAAAGCACUUUUUAGCAUUAACAUGGCAUUAGCCAAACAUUUGGCGGGACUUUCCGUCUCUCCCUUCAUCAGACUCGGCAUCUUCCUCUGAUUUGAGCUGUAUAUUUUUCAAAACAUCUCCACUUUAGGUCCAAGUACACAAUCCUUGGAAGAGUAAAAGAGACUGAGUUAUAUCGUGACAUCAACCAAUGGCCCUCGGUAGGUUAUUUGUCUAAAUUUACAAGGUCGACUAUCAUAAUUAUUUUUGUUCUCCCUGGUGCUUUGUGUAAGUUUGCGUUCCAAGGAUCGGUGUCAUCAUUUUUGGAUUCAGGUUUAUGAGCCAAAGUUUGUGUGAAAUUGUGUUUCCGACUUCUAUUUUGUCACCGAACAAUAACGCUUCCAUGUAACAUUUUUCUUUAAAGGCUUUUGAGGUCCGUAGUGUGAAGGUGGUGAGACUCGAGUCUCCUCUUUUCUUUGGUAACGCGGAGCGCUUUAGAGAGGCACUUAUUGAUGCCACUGGAGUGGAUCCCGGUUCUCAACAGGAAGCACCCAAACUGGGAAACGACGGCGAAAAACAUGAUCUUCUCAAGAAUAAAAGCGGUGGAAGUUACGGAGGAAUCCCUGGCGUUGUAAGUUAGAUUUAGUAACUCUCUUAUAAAGUAUUCGCAGCGGUAAGUCGAAUACUGGCGUAUACUGGGGAACAAUAAUGGACCUAAGACAGACAUCGAUAUUAUUGCGGUUGGUGGUUUCUUUCAACAACACUUAAAUCUAAUGUUUCUUUGCGCAAUAAACAAUUUACAUACCAACAAUUGGAUUAAUCAGGAUGUCUCCGCCAGCACCACAGAAUAGAUGCCAAUAUCUUUGAAUCAAGAAUGUUGACUACACUUUUUUUAACCUUCUGUUUGCUUCUCUGCGAUGCUGGCAUAGUUAUAAGGUGUUUCGUUUAGCACUAAAGCCGUUAAUUUCUCUCGAGGUUCUUCCCUCUUGUAAUCAUGACAGGAAAAUUUUUUUUUGCAAUGUGUUUUGAACAUGCGUGUAAUUGUCUUGACUGCUUAAACGCUUAAUUGUUGUCCAUUUUUAAAUAGAAACCAAUUCCUGAGGACAAGGUUAGGACCUCAAGGACAGCUGCCGUUGAAGUUGAUGAGCCGCAAACCUGCAUUCGCGCUAUCGUCAUUGAUUGUAGCAGUUUUACUUCCAUCGAUUCUGUUGGACUUCAAACGCUUCCCUCUGUAAGUACUAAGCUUAGGAACUGGUCAUUUUUUAGCGGCUGGAUCGGAAGGGGGAGGGGGGGGAAGGGGGUUGGAGUAUUUUGGUUUUGUCACGAUUUAAUUUAAAUGAUAUCUCCCCGUUAGGCUCUAUGAUAUUCUUGCGAUUCCCUCCUCACUGGCAGUUAAUUGGAAAGUCAAUUUUCCAUAGUCUCCCCUUUACACUCUUUUGGCGACGAUUAAUCCCCUUUCUGUUCCCUCUGGAAACCAUGUGAUCCCCCAAAAAUUCAAGAAAUCUUCUUUUCAUCCUCUAGCUUCUAUCGGAGUUCAAGAAAGCUGGAGUUAAGAUAUACCUGGCUGGUUGCUCAUGUGAGUAUUUCCUUUUUUCAAGUUUUGAAUCAUAGUUUGGGCGGAAUUCACGAUAAAAAAAAAAAUCACUCCUAUUAUUAUUAAGGGUGAUGUCUGACUCUCUGACGUAAUAAUUUACCUGCUAAGCGCAAUGUCGUCUCUCCUCAGCAAACCUCAUUAAAAGGCUCGCAAGUCCCUCUGAGAGGUCCGCUAUACAGGCCAUUCCACGUCACGCGAUGUUUCCAUCCAUUCAUGACGCCGUUACAUCAGCUGCACGAUCACGUAACAACCCAGUAAGUUCCACAAUCACGUGACGGUUAAACAAAACUGAUUCGCAUGUCUUGGCCUUGAUAGCGAAGAGCAAAAUGAAGGAAGUGUACAAUGAAAAACUAUGGUGUUUCUGACCUUUGAAACUGUCACCUCUCAUUCUGAUCUUUAAAAUAUUUUUUCAAUGUUUUUACUUACAUUUUGG